GAUUCAGAGAGAUUACAUGGAAACAUCGCAUAAGAAAUGAGGAAAAGAAGAUUCCCGAUUAUUCGCAAGUACCAGUACACAAAGCCCGCUUCGGAUACGCAAAAGAACUUGUAAAAGAAUUCGAAAUCAAGACGGUAUUAACUUUAGAAUUUAAGAAAAAAUGGUUUUCGAAAGAAUUGAAGUUGCGUCGGUCUCGUGUGAGCAAACUCCCUGCAAAAUUACGAUUUUCACUUUCUAUAAUAAUUGAGGAAGAAAAAAUUCAAGACAUUUUUGGAGAUAAUGACCUGAUUGACUGCAACCAUCCUAAAAUUUUGCCUGCUAAUAUGAAUAAUAAAUUCAAAGAUACUUCAAGAUAUGAUUUUAUAAAAUAUUUAGAGCAGAAAAAACAAAAAGUAGAAGAGGUUAGAGUCUUUUCUUUACAAGAGAUCGAAACAGAAUGA